AUGAACAAAUCGACAGCCUUCCCUGUGCACAUCGCCAUCUGCCUCGUCCUUCUCGGCUCUUGCAGCUUGCUAUGCCUCGCUUUCCAAAACACGGAGCAAAAGAACACCAGACAACUGCAGCAGGCUGUGCUAGCAGAGAACCAUUUAGAAGAGACAGAAAAUGUGAGCGCAUCGGGUCCAGAAGGUCACUUCGGGUUGCUGGAGCAAACUGUCGGCACUGCAGCCUCCGAAAGUCCGUAUGGAGCCUCAGCGGAGCCAUCUGGGAUCUCGUUACACGCCAUGGUUCAAGCAGCAUCACAAACCAUUCUAGGCAUCCAGGGCCACUUGGGGCACCAGGGUUUGCCUGUUUACACUACUGCAGUCUCGAGGGUUGCCGGAACGGAAAGGCAGCUCAGUUCUAUUGAGCCUGAGACAGAGUUGAAAGAAAAUGGGCCGCACAAAUCCUGGCUAGAUAUCGCAGUGACAUCUUUAGACUCUAAUGUAAAGGAAGAUGCAUUUAGUAGUACUGCAGGUGAGAUGACGGACGGGGACAGUGAUGGAGCAGGGCGUGAAUCAACAGGGAAUCUGGGAGGGGAAGUGUUUGCACCGAACAUCCUGGAGGAAGGCAAAAGUGUAGACCGUGCAGAGGUGCCCCAGUUGACCACAGAAGGCUCAGUGUCCCCGCUUCCUGAUGAUCACUCCCUGAGUCUCCUGCCUCCCUCUGAGCGAUCACUUGAUUCCGAGCGAGUCUCAAAUGGAGGCGGCCCCUCAAUGGCAACAGAAUCUACUGCAAAAGUCAGUUUAGUUUCCACGGAGGCCUUCUUAAACCUGGAAGAGGACUCCUCUGACACCGCAGGGCGCUCAAAGGUCACACCUGGGGCUGCCACGGCUUUCUCUGCCACGUUGCUGCAAAGCGACGAUUGGGAUGAUACAAAAACAGGAACCUCAGGCCAGGCAAGAGCCACACCAGCUGCAGAGGUGGUGAACCGACCCCAAAUGGUAACUGAGUUUUACCCAGAAGAGGGAAGAGAGGAGGAGGAGGAUGCCGUGAAAAAGGUGUUGCCACCAAAGUUAGCAGCCACCACAGCAAAAGGAAGCCAAACUGUUCAGACCGGGUCAGUCCAAGAACCUUUGCAGCAGAGAGAAUCAGUAACGCUUUUGUCCAGCCAGAACCCUGUCCAGACCACAGAUCUGUCUCCAAAGGGCCAAGUUCCUGCUGCAAGAACAACAGGAAGGAUGGAGCAAGUCACAAAAACCCACGAGGCUGCUACUACAAUAGACACGACCAAACUGGAUGUCUUCCAAACCCUGAGAAACACAUUGAGAGGUGUUACACAAGAGGCAGAAACCGCCUUCCACGAAACAGAUGCUGUGCUUCCCACCACCGUGCCUGGGGAUUUUGCAAGCCGGGAGGCUACAGAAGAAGGGAGGGAGAGGGAAUGGGCCACCCAAAUCCCAACCAUUCUCAGCUCUUCUGUGGUGCCAAGGAAGCCAGAAUACUUUGCCACUGCAGUCUCUCCGUCCGCCACUGAUCUGUCUGUCAUCCCAACACCUGACGCUGGAGAUCCUGUCGCUGCCCUCAGAAGAGAAGACGACGCUUCCGUUGACGAUGCACCUGCAACUCCAGCGGGGAUGCAGACCGAGGAGAUCCCUGGCGCCACCGUGCCCAUGUCGGCUCUGCCUUCUUUGGCAGCUUCCGCAAGGAGGACCACCCUCUCUGCUACACACCGGAUCACCACGGCCGCAGCCUACGGCCUGGACGGGCUGGAAUCGGAAGAGGAAGAGGAGGAGGAGGAAGAGGAGGAGGAAGAGGAGGAAGAGGAACCGGAUGAGGAGGACGAGGAGGAAGAUGAUGAGGAUGAGAAGGAUGGCAAUUUGGCGGACGAAAGCCUGGAUGGAGACGCUGGCCAGUCCAGUUUCACAGUCCCUGGAGAGACUUCUCAGGACCCUUUGGAAAGCUUGGAGGAUCCAGUUGGGGAGCUCUCGGGCGUGUCGUAUCAGGUUCCAGGCGCCAUUGAAUGGGAAAGGCAGAACCAGGGCCUAGUGAGAAACUGGAUGAAAAAGCUAAAAGACAAGGCGGGUUACAUGUCCGGAAUGUUGGUGCCAGUAGGGGUUGGCAUCGCCGGAGCCCUUAUGAUCCUCGUCGCCCUUUACAGCAUAAAGAUUAUGAACCGCCGACGCAGAAAUGGUUUCAAGAGACACAAGCAAAAGAGGGAAUUCAACAGCAUGCAAGACCAAGUGAUGCUUUUAGCAGAUAGCUCCGAAGACGAAUUUUGAAUCAGGCCGCAGCAUCCCGUCACCUCCUCCCGUGACUUUUUGGGGGGUUUUUUUGCAAAGGGAGGUGCUCAGGAAGAAAAAGAUUUCUGCUGCAUCACGGCUCUUGGCCCCUCUGUGCAUCCAUGUGGCAGGUUACGCGCCGUAAAAAAAAAAAA